AUGACAAUGUUUAUACUUUUUCACACUUUAAAUAUUGCAGAUAUCUUGAGACCUGCAAAUAGUAUCCCAUUGCUUGCUCACAUAAGAAGUAUGGUUCACAGAAGUGCUUCCGUCCAACUUUUUUCACUUAUUGUACUGUCAGGAUUUCUGUUCUUUGAAACCACUAAACUUGGUUUCUGCAGUGCUGAUCUUAACGUGGGAUGCAAGGAAACUCAAAGGAAAGCCCUUCUCGAGCUCAAAGCCGGUCUCACAGAUCCUUCAGACCGGCUUUUGUCUUGGGUGGGAGAAGAUUGCUGUCAAUGGAGCGGCGUAGGCUGCAACUACGUAACUGGACGUGUGACCAAGCUCAAUCUCCGCAAUGAAUUUUUCGAUGGUGAGGAUGGAACAGCGCACGAAUUUGGCGGUGAGAUCAACCCUUCUUUGCUUGUUUUGAAUGAUUUAAUUCACUUGGAUUUGAGCAUGAAGAACUUCAAAUGUGUUCAAAUUCCAAGCUUCAUUGGAUCACUAGAGAAAUUGGAAUACCUCAAUCUCUCAAGUGCAUCUUUCGGUGGAGUCAUUCCCCACAAUCUCGGAAACCUUUCGAGAUUGCUUUCUCUAGACCUCAGCUACUAUAAUUUUGAACUGGUUGCGAAUGAAAUCUGUUGGCUUGCUCCUCUUUCUUCCUUAAAGUACCUAAACCUCGGAGGAGUAAACCUAAGCAAGGCUAACUCAAAUUGGCUUCCCACUGUCAAUAUGCUCCCUUCACUCGUUGAAUUGCAUUUGCCCUCUUGUGGUCUUUCCGUCCUUCCUCUCACUCUUCCUUCCAUGAAUUUUGCAUCCCUUUCGGUUCUCGAUCUCUCAUACAAUGAUUUCAACUCCACGUUACCUCCCUGGUUGUUUAGUUUGACUAAACUAGUCACCCUGGAAAUGCACUCAACCAGUCUCCACGGAGCGCUUCCAGAAACAUUUGGCAGUUUGACAUCUCUUCGGAUGCUUGAUUUGUCGGAAAACUCAAACAUUGAAGGACAGUUGCCAAGAAGCUUGGGAACGCUAUGCAGUUUGCAGACGGUAAUUCUUCCUAUCAACAAAUUUACUGGCGAGAUUACUGAUUUCGUUGAUAGUUUGUCUACAUGCACAAACAGCCGCUUAGAGAUAUCACAGCCUGAGAGGAAAACUGCCUGA